AUGCCAAAGACUUUUACAGUUGAACAGGUUUUACCUUCAUCCAAACUACGUCCAGAGUGUGUAUUUGAACUAGACAAUUAUUUGUACAUCACUUAUAACAAUGGCAAUUUACAAACGUUAGAGCGGAAAAAAUCGCCAAUACAACAUGAAGAAGGAAACGUUGUGUAUGAACAACGCGAAAUGAAAGAUAGCUUUACGAAGAAACCUAUAACGGAAAUUAAAUUGAAUUCACAAAACAAGAUUCUCGUUACGCUACAGGCAUCCUCCAUUGUUCUUUAUUACGCCGACGAUUUUCAAAAGAUCCAAGAAAUCGGUCACGGCGUAUUGUCAUUCGCAUUAUCAGACAAAGGUGAAAUUGCUAUAGCUUCGAAAAAACAAGUUGACAUAUACAAAGUUGAAGACAAUGUCUUCCAAGUUGAUUCUACCAUUCACAUUUCUGACAAAGCUUCCUCUCUCCUUUGGGUUUCCGAUAAACUACUGCUAGCAGCCUUCUCUAAUGACUUUUUCCUUCUCGAUGUUGAGAAAGGACUGACUUCCUCACUUAAUUUGCCCUGGAAAACAUCUUCUCUAGGUCUUGGUAUAGGAUAUAUCAGCAUGACUCGACGAUCCAGUAAACUAUUUCUUGAGAAACUCGAAAACAACGAGGUCCUUUUGAGCAAAGACACACAAGGCUUACUACUGAACAUGAAAACUCUUCAAAUAUCUCGUCGAUUUUUCACUUGGCCAAGCGCCCCCAUGAACAUCUCCUACAGAAAGCCAUAUAUCAUAACAUUGCACAGUGACGCAACCUAUGUUUGGAAUCUUUCCUUGCGGAAAGCUGCUGAGAAAGUGGAGCUACGAAACAUGUGUCGACUUAUUCGUUGUACCUAUCACGAUUAUCUGUUAUCAUCUUCGUCCGUCAGUCAAUUAAUCCAAACUGACUUUGCAUUACAAGUGGAGGAAUUAAUGGAAAACAAUGAGUUGGACGAAGCCAUCUCCCUUCUUGAAAACGUUUCUGAACAGCAAAUGCCGAGUCGGUCAAAAUACCUGCGCUUGACGAAGGGUAAAAAGGGAAGGAUUGCAUUUGCGGAGGGGAAUUAUGCGCUCGCUAUGAAAUUAUUCUCUGACGUUUCUGAAUCGCCGUUCGAGGUUCUCGCGCUGUAUCCUGAACUUAACGAAACCGAGUUUUCUGAUACUCAAAGUAUCAUGUCAUUCCAGAUGCCGAAUCUUGAAUUGAACGAGGGAUUGUCUUCGCCUUCGCGGUCGGCUUCAGGAACACAACUGAAUGGUCUCGCACAAACCGGUUCUGCUCGGUCAAGACGGUUUCGCUCGUUAAUUACUUAUCUCGCCGACUCGAGAAGAAAGGUGAGUGUAUUCUUAUCGUGGGACGAGAAGACUUUGGAAACCCACAAGGACGCUGUAUUCAUGCACCCAAAUGGUUCUCACAUGUCAAGAGAGGAGCUUGAAGAAAUUGCAUCAUUAAUUGACACAACCUUGUUCCGUACAUACAUGGUUGUUAGCCCCACCCUUGUUGGCUCUUUACUUCGGCUUCCGAAUCACUGCUCUCCUGCAGUUGUAUAUGAUACGUUAAUUGCGUCCUACAGGUACCAGGAGCUUCUUGACUUUUACUACGGCAAAAAGCUGCACAAAGAAGCAUUAUGUUUACUUGGUGAGUUGCGUGAAGAACAAUUGAGCUAUGUUCCCCCAGAGUUUCGCUCUUACGAUGCUUUGUUUCAUUACCUUACAAAGUUGGGCGAACCGGAAAAAGACCUUAUCUUCCAACAUUCAACAAGCAUGCUUCAGGCGGAACCGGAAAGGACUGUUGAUUUGUUUCUCACCGAAGAUUCACGAGCAUCGACUAUCCCAAAAACGGUCGUCUUAGAAUACUUAACGCAAGUCUCCGUCAAUGCAGCAAUCGAUUUCCUGGAAGAAUUGGUGCUUCACCAAAACAUCCAAAACGAGCUGUAUGCCACAAACCUGUGUCUUCUUUAUUUAAAGAAAAUACAACUGGACGGAGUAAACGCUGAUAGCUCAACCUCACUUGACAAUCUCCGUACUUUUCUCCAAACUUCACCGUCUUAUGAUGCGCCUACUGUGCUUAAAGCAAUCCCAGAGGACAAUGAAAUGCUUAAGAGGAUUCGUGUUAUUCUCUACAAAAAGUUGAAACUUCACCAGAAUGCACUCGAUAUCUUAUUUGACUAUGAUGACGAUUCACACGAAGCCAUUGAGUAUUGCAACUCUGUCUUCGAGGAGAGUGGAAGCGUAGAGCCGUAUUACAUUGUGAUCGAUCAUUUAAGCGAAUCAGAGAAUGAAUCGAGCUCUAAACUUCUGGUAUCAUUUGUAACGAAGUACGGUUCACGACUACAAAUGUCCAAAUUUUUGGACAAACUCCCGAGUGAAGCCAGCAUGCAAACAUUAAAGCCCUUUCUUUUAUCCCAAUUUCGACGUUAUGCCGAACAACUCAGCACCGUUAAGCGCCAAACAACGCUCAAUGAUAGUGUGUUAUCGAACCUUCAGACGGAAUUGAACGAUUUACGUUCGUCAAAAACGGUGGUCACUCGUGAAAAGACGUGCCUAUUCUGCCAUAAGAGAAUCGGAAAGAGUGUUAUCUCUAUUUUCCCAAAUGGUUCAGUAGUUCACUACGGAUGCGCCAAAGGCUAUGUCGAAGAAAAUCACCUCGGUUACAACUACUAA